UUUCAUGCAGCUCUCGGGCAGACUGUCGUGUAAUCUGUUUAUUGAUGCCUAUUCUGGAAGUCCACCCGCCUCAAAAAAUGUCUUUGACGCCCAAAUCAUUGUUGUGCCACGCCGACGGGAGAAGCCUUGGCGUUGUUCCGGACCACUUCCACAGCUGCCAACCUCUGUUAUGUCUUUGUUAUUCGGCUCCCGACCUGUGUGUUCCAGAACUCCGAGGCCGGACUGGAGGAUGUUGCCGUAGUAUAUCGCACGUCGUGUCCAUGUCAGGCAUCAUCCACCGACCUCAAGACCCGUUGCGUGUCCCGUAGUGGACAUUGGUGAUGAUGCUAGCAUUGGCAGGUUUCCAGCUAGCGUUUGCGCUUCUUGGGCCAGCGCUAACCUUGCCCACCAUCGAAACCAAAAAGGGACUGUUAUCGUUGCCUGUUUUGCAGAAACGGAGUCAGUCUGUGAAUCUUAGGAAACGAGACAAUGUGGUGGCCUUGGGCAAUGUCUCGACGUUGACAUACCUCAUUCGACUUGAAAUUGGCACUCCUCCACAACCAGUUGAGGUUGUGCUUGACACCGGAUCUUUUGAGCUCUGGGUAGACCCAACGUGCGCAACGGCCGCUACUCAGGGCCAAGAGGAGAAAUGCAACGCCUCUGGAAGAUAUGUACCAGGCCAGUCCUCCACCUACGUCGACAAGGGCGCUAAACAGCAUAUUGGGUACGGGAAGGGCGGUGCCGAAAUCAGCUAUGCGGCUGACAGUAUCCUAGUGCCCGGAAGUAAUUCUCAGCCACUGCGAAAUGUCGUGUUUGGUGUCGGAGUGAACACGACCGAGCUUGCUUGGGGUGUUGGUGGAAUCGGACACGGCAAUGGUUUCAACCUCCACUACAACAACCUGAUCGACGAGCUCCAUGCCCAAGGAAUAACACAGUCCAAGGCCUUUAGCAUAGCUCUUGGAGGCCAGUACUCGGAGACCGGAGGGGCUAUCAUCUUCGGGGGAGUUGACACAAAGAAGUUCGGCGGAAAGUUGCACAAGUUCGACAAUAUGCCUCCACAAAUCGAAGGGAGCAAGGAAGGCCCAUGGCGGUACUGGGUGCAAAUGAAGUCAGUCGGGAUAACAACCCCCAACAAAGUUGUCGCGACUUACGAAUAUUCGACGAUGCCCGCUCUUCUCGACACCGGAUCAACAUGGAGCUACCUGCCCCAGCACAUCUUCGAUAGUCUGCAAGACGACUUUAACGCCACUCUUUCUGAGGAUGGUAGCCUUGAAGUGCCAUGCUCCAUCGCUGACCAGCCCGGCACUGUCGACUUCACAUUCGGGGACCUGACCAUUCAAGUGCCAUAUUCGGAGUUCAUCUCCCAGCUGGAACCAGGAUAUUGUGCGUUGGGUGUCCUGCCGAGGAAGGGGUCGUAUGAUCGAGCGGUCCUGGGAGCCUCGUUUCUGCGAUCAGCCUAUGUCAUUUUUGAUCAGACCAACCAGCAUCUGUAUAUGGCGAGCUACCACGACUGCGGCACAAACGAGCAAAUACUGUCAGGAGAAGUUGGAGCGGCCCUCAAUCUGACCGGACAGUGUCACUCCGGUCACCAUCUAUUUGCAUCUAUCCCAAUGUGCUGGAUCAUUGUGCCAGCUGCCUUUGUUUUGUGGGUGCUUGCGUUGUUUUUGUAGCGUGGAGGCAGUUGAAUGUUGAGUGCAGCACCGCGGACUGUGCCAGCAUCAGAUCGUAUGUACAAAACUCAAACAGAAUAACCAGCAUGUACAUAGCUCUCCCAAAGGGAACGAGCACAAGUUAGCC